AUGCCACUCUCGCAAGACUUCUCGCCGCGAGGCUCAUCAUAUGGUGGCGUAUCAUCCUCAUGUCUCGAAGAUCGCUUCGAGCUUCUCAAGGACAUUGGCGACGGGAGUUUCGGAAGCGUAGCGUUGGCCAGGGUCAGGACAGCUGGAGCACAGAUUGCUCGACGAGGAACACUCGUGGCUAUAAAAACCAUGAAAAAGACCUUUGAGUCUUUUUCACCAUGUCUGGAGCUCCGUGAGGUGAUCUUUCUACGAUCUGUACCAACCCAUGCGCACCUUGUUCCAGCUCUCGAUAUGUUUCUCGAUCCAAUCUCAAAGAAAUUGCACAUUUGUAUGGAAAACAUGGACGGCAACCUCUAUCAAUUAAUGAAGUCCCGCGAACAUAAGUGUCUCGACGGAUCAAGCGUGAAAAGUAUUCUAUUCCAAAUUUUAUCAGGUCUCGGACAUAUUCAUCAGCACCAAUUUUUCCACAGAGACAUCAAACCAGAGAAUAUACUUGUGUCAACCUCUGCACCUCAAGAUGUUUCCACAUCCUUUCGACGAUACUCCGCCAUGAUCACACCUCCAAGUACGCCGCCAUCUUAUUCCAUCAAAAUCGCUGACUUUGGCCUUGCACGGGAGACUAAUUCACCUCACCCGUAUACUACUUAUGUCUCUACAAGGUGGUAUCGUGCACCCGAAGUCUUGCUACGAGCUGGCGAGUACUCAGCACCGGUAGAUAUCUGGGCCCUUGGCGCCAUGGCUGUCGAAAUCGCUAACUUGAAGCCCCUCUUCCCUGGUGCGAAUGAGGUUGAUCAAGUCUGGAGGGUGUGUGAGAUCAUGGGCUCGCCUGGAAAUUGGUACGAUAAAGCUGGUAAUCGGGUUGGUGGAGGUGACUGGAGGGAAGGUACUCGGCUGGCGCACAAGCUAGGGUUCUCAUUCCCUAAGAUGGCCCCCCAUUCCAUGGAAACUAUACUGCGGCCUCCGCAGUGGCCUCCCGCUUUUGCUAGUUUCGUGACGUGGUGCUUGAUGUGGGACCCUCGAAAUCGACCUACUUCUUUAGAAGCAAUGCGUCACGAGUUCUUCACUGAUGCCAGUGACCCACUUCGACCUAGGUCAUCAACAUCGCGUAUAUUGGGCAAAAAACAUGCGAGUAUUGACGGGAAAUCUUACCGAGACUCAACGGACGGCACAGCUGCAGCAAGCAAGCCGUCUUGGUUUCGAAAGUCACUGAUUCGAGAUCACACGCCUGUCGUACCAUCACAGACACUAGAGCAACCGUGUGCCCCCGCUGAAGUACAACAUUCAACGGCAACACGUCCGCCAGUAGUACAGAACAAAACAGACCCCGUACAGGAGUCUUCGCACACGAACAGAUUUCGACCUUUCGCUGGAAAGCGCAGUACUUGGACGAAUGGAACUGCGCCGCCUAAUGCGGCACCAAUGCCUAUUCUACCGUCCAUCAGACCAAUCUCUCCUUUCUCGGCAGCUGUGAAUGCAGAGGCGCAGAAUAACCCUCCACUGCAGGCUACUCAGUCCAACAUACCAGCAGCAGGAGCCAAGACAGGGAAGAAGAUCGGACGUCAACUUUCCAUUCAGUCACAGAGUAAUCAUUACGCCGACCUUCACUGUCGAGAUUCAGAACGAGCGCUCAGCGGCUCGAACAAUCCUCAAUCGCCUUCCGAACAAAGGGGCUUCUUUUCGCACCUCCGCAAGAAAGCACGAAGAUUUUCCGGCAAACCAUCUGUGUCCUCAUCUUCCGCUAUCGAAGACGUGCCAUCCAAAACGGGCAGCCCUCGACAGAGCCAACGAAACACCAUGAUCGUUGACUCUAACAUGGAUAGCAUCCUGGAGAACAAUUUUGGUGAUGUGGACAAAGCUUUACAUUCAGCAGCUUACGGAACAACGCCGCUUUCCCCAUCACCAGAGCCUGUCCCAUCCCAUCAGUAUCUGCCCAGCGCUAGCACUACCGACUUGACACCGCAAAGACAUCCAUCCUUAUCAAAGAGCAUUAGUACACCUGCCUUUGAGUCUUCAACUACGCCAAUAUCCACUCGAACACGCAGAGCAUUACAAAAGUCGACGCAUCCUAGUCACAUUUACGACACUCCAAAUGAAGAGGACGAACUCCUACAUGAAGCUCUGACCAGUGCUCAAAACGCAAGAAAAAACAUGGAGCGGAGAAGUCAAAUAGAAGCACAGCACGACCAGGGAUUGCUAAAGACAAAGCAUGAUGUUCAUGCUGUGCAACCAUCCUUCAAACCCGCGCCGUAUCUCAACCCGUAUCCGACGCCUUCUCCACCCUCGAAGAGAAACGGUAUGCUCUUUGAACAGAACAUCAUGACUGAGCCCGUCACGAAGCUCAGACUACACGAGGCGCAACGAAAGGAGAAUAUUAAACCGCGCUGGCCCACUCCACCAUCGGAGGAAAAUGAAUGGGCUGCUUCAGCCGCUGCCAGCAUUUUCGCCGCUGGUUCUAUCUACCAGUGA